AUGGCAAGCAAAGUCACCUUCACUCUCAAUUCCGGGUAUAAGAUACCGGCAGUGGGCUUGGGAACAUGGCAAUCUAAACCGCACGAAGUUGAGAAAGCGGUCGAGGUAGCACUCAAGGCAGGAUACAGGCAUAUCGAUGGCGCAUUUGCCUAUAAAAAUGAGACAGAAGUUGGCCUGGGCUUGAAGAAUUCCGGAGUUCCUCGAGGGGAGGUUUUCUUGACUUCUAAACUAUGGAAUACCCACCACCGGCCCGAAUUUGUUGAGGCUGCCUGCGAUAAGACUCUUCGGGACCUUGGAGUUGAUUAUUUGGAUCUUUACUUAAUGCACUGGCCUGUGGCCUUUGUUCCCGGGGAAGCAGCGUUUCCAAAGGAUACCGAAACGGGUCAACUUCUUUUGGACAAUAAAGUUACCAUCAAAGAUACGUGGAGGGCAAUGGAAUCCCUAGUUAAGAAGGGCAAAUCUAACAAGGAUGAAAGCGCCGAAAUUCCCCCGGCAGUGAACCAGGUAGAGGCGCACCCAUACUUUCAACAGGAUGAUCUAAAGAAAUACUUGUGCGAAAAGAACAUUCUGUUGGAAGCAUACAGUCCCCUGGGAAACAAUCUUCACAACAUGCCUAGAGCAAUGGACGAUGAAAAGAUUCAAAAAAUCGCGGAGGCACAUGGAGUAAGUUCUGCUCGAGUCCUCAUCGCAUGGCAUGUCCAACGUGGCACCGUGGUCCUUCCCAAAAGUGUUACUCCUGAACGAAUUAUCGACAACUUCAAGGACUUUGAAUUAUCACAAUCCGCAAUGGAAGAAAUAAAUGCGCUUGAUCGUAAUGCCCGAGCCAGCCAACCUCUCUUCUGGGGAGUAGAUAUAUUUGGUGAAAAGGGCGAAGAAUAUGUCAAAGAGAUUGCAAAGAAGAGGGGGCUUGAGUAUAUUGCUAGCUUGAAGUACAAUGAAGCUAAGCGCCUAUCAGAGCGUCAUCUGCAUUUUAAUCUGCAUGUACUGCUAAAUAUCAUCGCAAAGUCUGUAGCUCGGCCAGAAGAUGACAUUACAGAGUUCUCUAAGAUUGGCGAAGGCGGCUCAUACCGUGUCUUUGAAGCCAAAUUCGAAGAUGGACUGGCAGUUAUUGCUCGGUUACCCUAUCCAUGUACCAUUCCGCCUACCUAUGGGAUUGCAAGUGAGGUUGCAACGAUUGAAUACCUUCGGCUGCAGGGCAUUCCUAUACCCAAGGUUCUGGACUGGAGCAGUUCCCCAGCCAUUAAUCCGCUUGGGGCAGAGUAUGUCAUAAUGGAGAAGGCCAGGGGGAAGGAACUGGAAGCGACAUGGUAUUCAAUGAACUUCGAUGAACGGAAAUCGGCCAUGGAAAAGAUUGUUGCCAUUGAAAGCCUCCUUUUUAACCUUAAGCUCCCAUCUUUUGGUAGCCUUUAUUUUACAGACUCCUUACAGCACGGCACUGACGUUGUUGUUCUCCCUGACAAUAACACCUUUUGUGUCGGGCCUUCCACAGAGUUCCUAUGGUGGUAUCACAAGCGAGGAGAAUUGAAAACUAACAAAGGCCCUUGGAAGCUGCCUGCUGAAUUGCUAAAUUCUAUUGGACUCCGAGAACUAGAGUGGCUUCGUGCCUUUGGGGCCCCAAGAUACCCUAGAGAGCCUCUAUAUAGGCGACUGUAUGGUAACGAGAAAGUAAAUCCGGAGGUGCAAAUCCGUAACCUCGAAGACUUCCUUUCAGUCGCUCCGCAUAUAAUUCCAAGUCAGGAAUUCCUUAAUGAGCCAACUAUUCGUCACCCAGAUUUCUCACCGAAUAAUAUAUUUAUAGACGAUGCUGGGGAAAUCAGCGGCAUUAUUGACUGGGAACACACUUCAAUCCUUCCUCUUUUUGUCCAAGCAAAGAUUCCAAGGUACUUUGAGAACUAUGGAGAUGAAGACUCAGAGAAUUUUAAAUUCCCUGCGUUAAGGGAGGAUUUUAACUCGCUUCCCGACGAUGAAAAAGAGCUGGAACAAGAAAUGUAUCGAAGGAGACAAACUCAUUACUAUUACCUCGGCUUUACCAGCCGCUAUAAUUUGAACCACUUUCGUACGAUGGGAAGCUAUAGCGGUAUGAUGCGGAGCCGGUUAUAUGAUGUCGUCAAUCGCCCCUGGGAAGGUGAUAACACAACACUUAAGGCAACCCUCAUCCAGAUGUCUUCCUACUGGCCGGGGAUUGCAGCUGCUAAUAUGAAAGACACACAGUACCCUUUAAAAUAUACACCAGAAGAGGUUAAACAAUGCCUGAACCUAGAUGCGGAACAAAAGACCGCGAAUACUCAAAUGCAAAAUCUUAGGGAUGCUAUUGGGAUAAAUGUGGACGGCUGGGUACCAAGCGAAAUGUACGAAGAAGCAGCAGAGCGAAUGGCUCAUGUAAAAGCACAUAUGCUAGAGAUUGCUGAGACGGAGCAGGAUCGGGAAGACAUUUUGCAGAAAUGGCCAUUCCAGGAUCAUGAAGAGAUAGAUUAG